UACAGCAUUUAACUCCUAUUUUACAGUAUAAUCUUGCCAUGUAAAACCAUCUGUAAUAUUACAACCAGGAAUUUUAUUUUCACAGCAAAACUGUAAAAAGUGCACUGAUUUCACACCAUCAAACUGUAACAUUACAGUAAAAUAUUGACUUGGAAGUCACGUGACACAGGCAGCCUAUAUACUGCCAGAACAAUGAAUGACGGAUGUAACAUAUAAUGUUCAUGAAAUUUAAAGACAUAAAAGUUCAAAGAUGAGCUGAUUUUUGUUAGGUGGUAAAAGUUAUUUUACAUUUUGUAGUGGACUACAACUCUUGAGUUGCCUUUUCUGGACAAAUGUUGGAGCAUUAAACGUUCCAGAAAAUUAUUGCUUUUUUCCGUCCGGCGGAUCCACGGGCAGACUGGAAGGGGAGGAGACUUCCUCUAACCGAACUACUAAUUUGAACUGAAGGCGCGAAAUCCCUCUUUCCCUUUCUCCGCCGGUGAAGAAGGUUGGACUGACAUCUUGAUACUUCUGUACCUGUGUCACACAAAUUUGUAGUUCCUGUUGCUGGUGCGACUAAGAUCACCAGAGAGCGAGGCUGACCACACUAAGCAGUAUGAGUAAGGGUGAAAAUGAGGAUACAGGAUAUGUGAGGAGAGAUGUUAAGGAAGCAGUGUGGUCAUACUUGCCUGGUCUCCCUGGUGGCCUUCUGACCACCAUGCUGGAUGGUCUCGGAGUGGACUCUAUUGAAGAUCUCACCUUGUUGGAGGAAAAGGAUCUGGAGAAAUACCUCAAACCCAUCCAAAGUCGGAAGUUGAUGAAGGGAAUCAAGGAUGGACUUGUUACUCUUAAUAUGGAGUUGGUCUCUGCUCCUGAUCCAAAUGCUCUAAAUUCCCAAACUCCAAGUUCCCCAAACACAACACUCCAGUCUCCAAAUCACCUGUUGUCCAGCCCUCCAAGCACGCCACACGCCUCACAGCCAGGGGUACCAUGGCAUGUUGACUUUCAUCUCAACUUGGACCAGAUGUCAUCAGCUGUUCGACGUAGAGUGGAAAAACAACAAAGACCAUUACCAGACGAAAGAAGGGCCUUCGUGGUUGCGCUUGUGGACCAAAUGAUGAAGCACGACCAAAACCCAUCCAGAGCCAUGUGCUACAACGUUGUGAGAAACAUUGUCAGGAGACAUCCAAAGUCAUUUGCUGACAUUGGAAAGUAUGGUGAUACUACAGGAGAUGGCUGCUAUUCUCUACUACAGCAAGUGAAAACAAGAGUGGAGUACCACAACAGAACCAAAACUCUUCUUCGACACCGCAGAAAACGCUUCACAGGAAUCGCAGGAGAGAUCAGACAAGAGAGAGGUCCUGUUGACCAGUACGGGUGUGUCAGGUGGGGCCCAUUGGAUUUCCCAGAGGGGGAGACCGAGGCAUCGUUGAUGAAGAUGAAGAGGGAUCUACUGAACAUCUACUCAGAGGAAGGAAUGAAAGGGGCGGAGAGAGCAGAACCAAUGAUGGAAAAGACAUAUGUCAUCCUCCGGCAAUACCUUAACAAAAUGCCUGCUGCAGCAAUGUCUGACAUCAACCUAUAG